UCUAGAAACCCCUUAUCACACCUCCCUUGUCUUCUCUCUUAUAUCUCUCUAUUUUUCUCUCUCUUACCUAGGAUCGGAAGAGCAAAUAUGGAUUUACUUUAGAAAAUAAAAAAUCAUCAAUAUGAGGAAUCUCUCAAAAUAGAGAAGGGCGGGUAGGGUGGUUCUAGCCAAAUUGUCGCUGCUACUCUUAACAGCAGCAAUGACAGAGAAGGAAAAACAGGGGAGGUGAGGUUGAAGAAGGAGAGAGAGAAUUCCAGCCAAAUGCACCGACAUCAUUCAACUGUUGAAAGGUGACCUCGUUGUUGAUAGAAACGAAACCCUGACCUAGUUCUAUCCAAAGGUUAUGGCGCUGGCAGCAGCUAUAGUGGUUGCUGUAACAAACGAAGGGGAAGAGAGAGAGCGCUACCUCGUCUGUGAAAUUGAAGGAAUGCCUUUUAUUUCCAAGGCAAUCAUGACAGAAACGAAACCCUGGAACAUUCUUCCUUGGUUGUAGACAUCCAUUUUCUUGUCUUAUUCUCCUGUAGACAUCAAGGCAUUUUUGUUAAAGUUGCAGAAGCAUCUUAACCCAUUAAUUUUUCUUCUUUCCCAGGUCCUCUAGCAGAGGUUUUAUUGUGGAUAUGUGCUCCUUGGUUGGCAGCGCCGAUAAUUGACAGUGGAAGAAACGGGCAGCGGUGGAUGCGGGAAAUCGGCGAGAACGAGAGAAAAUUUCUCUAUUUAUAUUCACACAGAGAAAAAUUUCUCCUUCCCAUCUGUCUUGACCAGAAAGAGGGGGAGGCUCUUGCGGAAGCCUUGCCCGCCUGUUACAGUAUUUCACCACUGUCAACCACUGUAGCUGCCGCCAUCGUCAUAACCACCACCACCACCAUGGGCUCGGAAUCACAGGAGUGAGGACGGCACCAUCCUGAAACAGUCAAUCUCCUUCCCAUCUAUCUUGACCAGGAAGAGGGGGGAGGCUCUUCCCCUUCGUCUAUUACAGUAUCUCACCACUUCACAGCAACUAUUGUAGCUGCCGCCAUAACCAUCACCACCAUGGGCUGGGAAUCGCAAGAGGGAGGGCGGAACCACCCUGAAACAGUCAAUCUCCUUUCCAUCUAUCUUGACCAGGAAGAGGGGGAGACUCUUGCGGAAGCCCUGCCCGCCCUCAGAGAUCCCUCGUAUAGAUAAUUUCUUGAUUUUCUUGAAGAAAUCGAGAUUUAUUCGUUGUAAGAGAGAGAAAAAUAGAGAGAAGAUACCGGAGGUUUGAGAAAAGGUUGCCGGAGGAAGGGGACGAGGGAGGGGUAAUAUUGGACGAGGAAGAUAUAAUAUUGGGUUUUAAAAAAAAUGGUGUUACGUGUAUAUAGAUUUUGAUAGCAUUAAUCAAUUUUUAAACAGUAAGAAUACACUUAGUAAUGCCACUUAACCGUUAAUUAACGGCAGGCACUCAAUUGACACGAUAUUGAAUUUGUUGCGUUUUAAAGUUUAUGCGGCGCACGCGCAAUACACGCUACUAAUGGGGAAUUUUCCAAAAGAAAUAAAACCUGGUAUCUGGAUGUAUCUAUAUCCGAUUUGUGUCGAUCCGUUUGCAGCCCUAAAUCUCGCUCUCGGAGCCAACCCCGAGGACUCGCCCAGUCGCCCAUACAGCAGGGAGGAGUAAUUCCCCAAAUUCAGGUGUCCAGGGGAGUCCUGCGUCUCUGUCGUCGACCAUGGUCAAUUCAUGCAAGGAGAACAAGUCCAGGCUGCUGAUACUAUAUGCGACGCAGACCGGGAAUGCUUUAGAUGUUGCAGAACGCGUGGGUCGUGAAGCUGAACGGAUUGGGUGUCCUGCCCUGCUCCUCUCCAUGGAUGAAUAUGAUGCUAGUUGUCUUUCGAAUGAGGAAAUUGUGAUGUUUAUUGCUUCGACCACAGGCCAGGGGGAUGCCCCGGACUCCAUGAAGGCAUUUUGGAGGUUUCUUUGCCGGAAAAAUCUUGAUCGUCUCAAUCCGCCUUGGCUAGGAGGACUUAGUUUUGCUGUCUUUGGAUUGGGUGAUUCUGGUUACCAAAAAUACAAUUUUGUUGCAAAGAAACUUGAUAAAAGGCUUUCAAAUCUUGGGGCAAAGGCAAUAAUUGAAAAAGGUCUUGGAGAUGAUCAACACCCUUCUGGGUACGAAGGUGCUUUGGAUCCUUGGUUGUCAUCUUUGUGGGCUCUGCUUAACCAAAUGUAUCCUACAUUCUUUCCAAGAGGUUUGGAGACUAUAAAUCCCAGUAUGAGUGUUUUGGACCCUCCGAAAUUUGAAAUCAUUUAUCAUGAUGUUGACAAAGUGCAACCACUAUUUUCAACUGUCUCAGAUUUAAAGUGCAUGGAGAUGCAGAUUGAGAGAGCUCGCUUGAUGUCCCCUGGGAAAUUCAGUCAUGAUAAGAUUAGGCCUCACUGCUUCCUAAAAAUGAUUACAAAUCAAAGAUUAACCAAGUCUGGCUGUGGAAAAGAUGUGCGGCAUUUUGAAUUUGAAGCUCUUUCAUCUGUUAUUGAAUACCAAGUGGGUGAUGUUCUUGAGGUUCUGCCUAGUCAAAAUGCAGCUGCAGUAGAUGCUUUCAUUAAACGUUGUGAUUUAAACCCUGAUUUGUUCAUCACAGUUCAGCCUAGAGGAAUUGAGAAUAUUCUUCCUGAUUCUCUUAAAAAUGUUUCAAGGUUGCCCAUCAGACUAAAAAAAUUUGUGGAAUUGACAAUGGAUGUUGCAUCAGCUUCUCCUAGACACUACUUCUUUGAGGUCAUGAGUUUCUUUGCAACUGCACAGCAUGAGAAGGAAAGGCUUCAAUAUUUUGCCUCACCUGAAGGGAGAGAUGAUUUAUAUCAGUACAAUCAGAAGGAACGCAGAACUGUCCUGGAGGUGCUAGAGGACUUUCCAUCUGUGCAACUGCCAUUCGAAUGGCUAGUGCAGCUGGUUCCUCCAUUAAAAACCAGAGCAUUCUCCAUCUCUUCUUCUCUUUCAGCUCAUCCAGGUCAAGUACAUCUGACUGUGAGUGUGGUAUCAUGGGUGACACCGUUCAAGAGAAAGCGAAUGGGUCUCUGCUCAACAUGGUUGGCUGGACUUGAUCCUCAAGAAAGAGUUUGCAUUCCAGUAUGGUUCCAUAAAAGUUCACUUCCUUCCCCACCACCAUCGCUCCCCCUCAUUCUCAUUGGCCCAGGAACUGGUUGUGCACCUUUUCGAGCAUUUGUAGAGGAAAGAGCAGUGCAAAAUCAAUCUUCGUCUAUCGGUCCGGUUAUGUUCUUCUUUGGUUGCAGAAAUGAGGAGAAUGAUUUCCUAUACAGAGAUUUUUGGUUGUCUCAUGCACAAGGAUGUGGGGUACUCUCUGAAGACAAGGGUGGAGGUUUCUAUGUUGCCUUUUCAAGAGACCAGCCACAUAAGGUCUACGUGCAGCAUAAGAUGCAAGAAGAAAGCCAAAGACUUUGGAACUUAUUGAGUACAGGUGCUGCUGUGUAUGUUGCAGGUUCUUCAACCAAAAUGCCUGCGGAUGUUUUGUCAUGCCUAGAAGACAUUAUAGCAAAAGAAGGUGGAGUGACAAGGGAAACUGCUGUGAGGUGGCUAGGGGCACUGGAGAGGGCUGGUAAUUACCAUGUUGAGGCAUGGUCAUGAUGUAACCAGUUUCCCCAUGUUCAAUGGCAUUCUUGUCAACUUAGAAGAAAUGGACUUAAGAUUGCAUUCUGAAUUUUGGGUUGAAAGUAAUAAGAUAUGAUUUGAGGGUCCAUAAUUUAAUAAUGCAUAUGGUACUGAACAGAGCGGAACAGGGUUCAUGUUGCUGACCUCAUAAAGUUGAGACAAGGCUUUCUCUGAGUUAAUGUUAUUCUGUGUUUACAGACUUAACAAGAAAUGUAGCACAGUUUGCUAUGUAUAUGAAGCGAUCAUACAAAGUAUGCAGAGAAAAAUUCAAUGAGGAUGGAAUUAACAACCCUUUGAGAAA